AUGAGAACUGCUGAACUUUUAAAUCAACCCCUUAUGAUAAAAAAUGAUAGAAAUGCUCUGAUAAGAUUGAAAAAUAUGUCACAGCAAAUUGAACAUAGAAAGCCAACACUCUCAUGUGGAAUUUUUAUUGUGAAUUGGAAAUUUAUGUUUUCAAUGAUUUGUGGAAUUUUCAACUUAGCAAUAGUUCUGAUCCAGUUUUAUGAUGUUAAAACUUAA